CUCUUAAAAACAUAACAAUAUUUAGUUGGUUGUUUCGUAAGCGUAAAUAGUCUUCCUUCCCCAAUCAAUCGCGCACGGGUUUCCGCCAGAUCCAAUUCCUUCACAUUCUUUCUUUGUAUUUGUUCCCGUUUAGUAUAAAAUAAAUCCAUUUUUUAAACCGAUAAUAACAUCCGUUAAGCCCAAUUGUUAAAUCGAAAACAACAAACCCUAAUGUUUGAUUGAAAAGCUAGUAAUUGAAGGUUUUACGGUAUGAUUCAUUGAAGAAAUUACGAAGCUGGGGAAUAAUAAGAUGGAUAUGAACCCUAAUUUCAACUUCCUUUGUUAGUUUUGAUGGCCAAUUCUCAACAUCGCUGCGUUUUCGUUGGAAAUAUACCGUAUGAUGCAACUGAAGAACAGCUUGUGCAAAUCUGUGAAGAGGUUGGCCCUGUUGUGUCUUUCAGAUUAGUUAUCGACAGAGAAACUGGUAAGCCCAAAGGCUACGGGUUUUGUGAGUACAAGGAUGAAGAAACGGCCCUAAGUGCUCGUCGCAAUCUCCAUGGUUAUGAUAUAAAUGGCAGACAGUUGAGAGUUGACUUUGCCGAAAAUGACAAAAAUCCCGACAGAGGCCGAGAACAGGGUCGCGGUGGACCUGGACUGUCUACAAAUACUGCUCCUCAAAAACAAAUCGGGGGUCCUGCAGUACAUAGUGAUCCUAGUCUAAACCAGGCUGUUGGUCUGCAAGUGGCCAUGGCUGCUGCAAUUGUGAUGGCUGGAACUCUUGGAGGUGGUCAAACUAUUAACAGCAUAAGUCAAAAUGGUAACCAAAGUCAACCGACAUUGGGAACCGACCCUUUGACACUUCAUCUUGCUAAAUUACCCAAAGGCCAGUUGACUGAGGUUUUGACCGAGUUUAAGGCGUUAGCUACUCAAAACAAGGAACAAGCACGCCAGCUGUUGCUUGCUCACCCGCAGCUGUCAAAGGCGAUUUUGCAGGCUCAUAUUAUGCUGAAGGCAGUUCCUCCCCACAUGUUACAGAUGCCAAAUGCUCAACUACUUCCUGGUCAACAUGCACAUCCUCCGGUCCAUGGUGGUCAACUGGGUCAACAAUCUUCAAUACAAUCACUAUCCGGGCUGCCCCCUCUUGCUCAGAACAAAGUGCCAAUUGGAUUCAUGCAACAAUCUCAAAGUCAACCAUCUUCUUCAAUAGUUCCCAGCCAGUAUGCUGCCAUGUCACUUCCUCCACAGCCUCGGUUUCAGACUCCACUGCCAGCUCAGCAUCAGGUUCCACAUUAUUCGACAUUGCCCGGAGCAUCUGUUGCUGUAAAUCUUCAAUCAUUACGUCCACAACAUAGUUGUCAGUUAGCGGUUCCUGUUCAGCCUUCUAUUACGACUCAUAAGGUACCAAUAAACACUUACAAAGAUCAAAUUGUUCAUCCUGCAAAAUUGUUGAAAAUGGAGGACGGAAGGGGUGCAUCUUUCUCACCUGCAGAUAAUAAUCUUCCUGCGUCUGGAAACCAGAUUUUAAAAGCGGGUCCCACAGAAUCUCAAAAACCGAACCCUGAGCUUCCUCCUGGUGCUGAGUCGGCUUUACUGCAACAAGUGUUGAGUCUCACACCAGAGCAGUUAAGUUCGUUGUCUCCAGAACAGCAGCAGCAAGUCAUUCAGCUUCAACAGAUGCUUCGACAAUCAACUUAGUCAAAGAGUCGAGGACUCUAUGCAUGCCGGUGCAAGUUGGUAAUGGCAUUCAUCAGUCUUAAAAUUAUUUUUGUCAUACACAUGUAGAUUAGUGAUUCAGAAAUAUGAGGGAUCCAAUAACACUUGCAAAUCAUGGAAUUGAGUGGUUUAAAGGAAAGUAGAUUUUGAAACAUAGUCCUUUUCUUAAUGUUUUUUUUUUUUUUUUUUGUGUGAUGAACUGCUUUUCUAUUUUUGUAUGGUGAAUGACAUUUGAAGGUUAAAUGAAGUUUCCGUUUGGUU